UUACAUGCCUUGGGAAUCUAGAUAACACAGCGUUUCACUCUAUUCCCCACUCUCGCUAGGGUUUCACUACUCCUUUCUCCCCAUUUACCCCUCGAUUUCUUGAAUCCUCAUCCGCGAGUCUCGAUUUCCUUCUCUGCAACCGAAUUGGUCGCUUGUGAAGGAGGAACAUGUAUUCACGAGGGAGCGGCGGUUAUGGCCAAUCGUACACGGGUCAAUCCGCAUAUGGCCAGAACAUAAACCUGGGUGCUAAUUAUUCUGGAAGUUCCGUUGGGGGACAUGAAGUGGGUCAACAUUCCGUGGCUUCUAGGCAUUCAACAAUAUUAGGUGGUUCCCAGGAAGGUGAAGUUGGUGGGUAUAGGGCUCAUACCUCCACUGCUGCACAAUAUGGGGGGCAGUAUAGUUCUGUUUAUGGCUCAGCUGCUCUGAGCAGUGCACAGCAGAUCCCUUCAUUGGGUACCAAGGGUUCUGCUGCAACAGCUUUAGAUGGUCGUGGAAGUUAUGCUUUGGGUGUAUCUGAUUCACCUAAGUUUGCUUCUGGAGAUUAUGUCUCAUCCUCAAGCCAUGGAUAUGGUCACAAAUCUGACCAAUUGUAUGGUGACAAGGGUUUGGAGUAUUCUGCAAUAGACAGGAGGCAAUAUGGUGAUCGACAGAGUGGUUACAUUGGUAGGGACUUAACGAGUGAUCCAACCGGAAGAUAUGCUGCUGAUCCUGUUGGAUUUAGUCAUCAACGUCAGCAAUCAGAACUAUAUGACCGCAUUGAUCAGGCAGCUUUGCUACGACAAGAGCAAUUGCUCAAAGCUCAGUCUCUGCAAGCUGCAUCACUUGAUGGGGGUGCUAGACAAGCUGAUUAUCUUGCAGCAAGGGCUGCUGCUAGUCGUCAUCCUACACAAGAUCUUGUGUCUUAUGGAGGAAGGAUGGAUUCUGAUCCUCGUGGUUCAUCCUUGCUAAGUGCUACUUCGUAUAGUGGACAACAUGCGCCAUCAAUAUUAGGAGCAGCUCCAAGGAGAAAUGUGGAUGAUCUCUUGUAUUCUCAGAGUGCUUCAAAUCCUGGUUAUGGAGUGAGCCUACCUCCUGGUAGGGACUAUGCUAGUGGAAAAGGUAUUCAUGGGAGUGCCAUGGAGUUGGACUACCCAGGAAAUGUGUUGUCACAUGCUGCACAUACUGCACAUACUGCACAUACUGAUCGCAAGGAUGAUCGAGCAAGCUAUCUACGAGAAUUUGAGCUAAGGGAAGAAGAGCGUCGCCGGGAGCGCUUGCGUGAGAGAGAUAGGGACAGAGAAAAGGAGAAAGAACGAGAACGAUUGCGUGAACGGGAACGAGAAAGGGAACGGGAAAGGGAACGCAUUUUGGAGCGGCGUGAGAAGGAGAGGGAGCGAGAGCGCAAACGUGCACUUGAAACUAGGCAUGAGCGAACUCCAGCGAGAUCCUCAAAGGAUCCCCGUGGUACUUCUAAAGGUCCUCGUGCGUCAUCUUUGACAAAGGAGGGGAGAUCUUCACGACGGGAUUCCCCACAUCAUGGUGCUUUACAUAGGCACCAUUCACCUGUUAAAGAAAAACGGAGAGAAUAUGUCUGCAAGGUAUACCCAUCCCGCUUGAUAGAUAUUGAGAGGGAUUACCUCUUAAUAGAUAAGCGAUACCCCCGACUCUUCGUCUCUCCUGAAUUCUCCAAGGCUGUUGUGAACUGGCCAAAGGAAAACCUUAAACUGUCUAUCAAUACUCCUGUCAGUUUUGAGCAUGAUUUUGUUGAAGAAGAAAUUGCCACUGAGCCUAGAGACUCAUCCAACAAGCUUUUGGUGGGACAACCUCUGAAUUCUGAACAAGGAAACACAGUUUGGAAUGCCAAAAUAAUCUUGAUGAAUGGACUUAGUAGGUCUGCAUUGGAGGAGCUGUCAUCUGAUAAAAUUGUUGAUGAUCGCAUUCCUCAUAUUUGCAAUUUCCUUAGAUUUGCGGUUCUUAAGAAGGACCAUUCUUUCAUGGCAGUUGGUGGUCCAUGGCAACCUGUUGAUGGCAGUGAUCCAUCUAUCGACAAUAAUUCUUUAAUCAAAACUGCCCUCAGAUAUGCAAAUGAUGUUAUUCAACUUGACUUGCAGAAUUGUCAAAACUGGAACCGUUUUCUCGAGAUACAUUAUGAUAGAAUUGGCAAAGAUGGUUUCUUUAGCCAUAAGGAAAUUACUGUUCUUUAUGUCCCUGAUUUGUCUGACUGCCUCCCUUCGUUGGAUGAAUGGCGUGACAAGUGGCUUGCCCACAAGAAAGUUGUAGCUGAAAGAGAACAUCAACUUUCUUUGAAAAAAGAGAAAUCAAGAGAUAACAAGGAAGUAUCUAAAGAUAAAUCAGAUAAAAGGAAAGAUUUAGCUCCAUCAGGACAGUCAGAUGUUAAGAAAAAAGACAAAGAUAGCAAUAAGGAAGAAAUUGAAGGAAAGACUGAAGUUAAUAACAAUAAAAUUGCUGUCAUUGAAGGUUCUGACAUUGGUGAAGAAGUCAAGAGUGCGGAGAAAAAGCAGGGGGAAACUGCCAUUGGUCAAACAACAGGUGUCGUGAAGUCUGUGAAAAAGAAGAUUAUAAAGAAAGUUGUGAAACAGAAAGUUUCCACCAAGGCAAAUGCUACUGUCACCAAACAAACAGACAAAUCAGGUGAAAAGGAUGUCACUGAGAAAGUGACAACAUCCACUGUUACUGAUCAGGGUGGAAAAUCUUCUGCGGAUCCUACUGAGGUUCAGACUCCUGUAAAAAACGUAGUUGCUGAUGAUAUGUCUAUUGGGAAAACUGGUGGUGAAGAGGGGAAAGAUAAGGAAGUAAAUAAUUGUGAAGAUAAAUCUCAAACAAAGCCAGAUGCAACAGUAAAUGCAGUUUCAAGUGAUCCUGUUGUGAAAACGACAAAGAAGAAGAAAAUUAUUAAGCGGGUGCCUAAAAAGAAGGUGGUGGGUGAGGCUUCUAAACCUCUAGUUCCUGAACCAAAAAAGGAUGAAGGGAAUCAAGCACAAGAUGGUACCCUGAGCUCUGGCAAGCAGACUGCAGAUGCAGAUGCAGAUGCAAAUACUAUAAUGACCGAGGUGAAGAAACCUGUGAAGGUAGUUGCAAAGAAAAAGUUAAAAUCUCCUGCCUCUAAGAAGCAAGAUGAAACUGUGGAUCCGAAUAAAACAGAAAUGAUGUCCAACAAAAAGGAUGAAGGGAAUGUUGGGGCAAUUCAAGCACAAGAGGGCACCCAGAGCACUGGCAAGCAGACUGCAAAUGCAGAUACCAUAACGAUGACAGAGGUGAAGAAAACUGGGAAGGUUGUACCUAAAAAACAAUCUAAGGCCCCCACUUCUGAAACAAAGUCUGACAAAGAUGACAAGAAGGAAGAAAAAGUUACAGGUGAAAAAAGUGGGGCAAAGACAGAUAAGCAGAAAGCCUCUGAUAAUAAAUAUGUUAACAAUGUAAAAGGGAAAGUGAAAGAUGGGGACAAGUCUAAAGAUGAGAAAGUAACCAAGAGGAAGUCUGAUGAACCUCCUCGACACCCUGGAUUUAUUCUUCAAACAAAAUCAACUAAAGAUUCUAAAAUACGUUCUUUGUCACUGUCACUGGAUUCAUUGCUGGAUUACACAGAUAAAGAUGUUGAAGAAUCAACUCUUGAGCUUUCAUUGUUUGCCGAAUCAUUUUAUGAAAUGCUGCAGUUUCAAAUGGGUUGUAGAAUUUUGACUUUUCUUCAGAAACUGCGCAUGAGAUUUGUGAACAAAAGAAAUCAGAGAAAGAGGCAGCGGGAAGAUGAAAAUGAAAAGGAAGAUGCAACCAAAUCUCCUGUGAAGCGUCAAAAGGGAGAUGAUCAAAAGGGAGAUGAUCCUUCUGUGAAGAAUGAGACCACAAAUAUGGACACAUCAAAUCCAACCCAAGUAGAUGAUGAGAAAACUGUUGUUGAGAAUAACAACUCUAGUGAUAAGGGGGAUGAUGUGAAGAUGGAAGAUGGAACAGAUGAGGAAGAAGAUCCAGAGGAGGACCCUGAAGAGUAUGAGGAAAUGGAAAAUGGUUGUCCCCAGAAUGAUGCAUCAAAUGAUAAAAAUGGUGAGCAAGAGGCGAAUGCAAAUACUGAAUCUGAAAAUAUUACUAGCAAUGAGAAAGCAGCAGAUGAAGCUUCUAAAGGGGAGAUUAAGGUUAAAGAUGAGGUGCAUGAAUCCAAGGCCGAUGAACAGGUAAAAGAAGAAAAGGAAGGAAAAGAAGACAGUAAGAAAGAAACUCCUGCUGUUAAGGAGGUUGCCGUGGACAGAGAAUUGUUGAAGGCUUUCCGGUUUUUUGAUCGUAAUCGUGUUGGGUACAUCAGGGUUGAAGAUAUGAGAUUGGUUAUGCAUAAUCUGGGGAUGUUCCUUUCCCACAGGGAUGUCAAGGAACUAGUGCAAAGUGCAUUGUUGGAGAGCAACACUGGGAGGGACGACCGAAUUCUUUAUAAUAAGCUAGUGCGGAUGAACGAUAUUUGAUGCCCUUUUGUGUCUUUGGAAUAAUGAUAGAUGCUUUAGUAAUUAUAGUUGGACAGGUUUUGAUUUUGUUUUAUUUAGUUGUGGAAAGGGCAGGUGGUCUUUCGUUUUAGUGAGGGUAAAACCUUGGCAUUUACAGAAAACAAAGUUGCGCCGGAUCAUAUUUUCAUGUUUAAGAGAAAAGUAAUUUUCUGACUUUUUUUUUAAGACUCGUCUGUAUAACUUUUUCUAUGUUAUGUAAGGCCUAUCAGUUUUCAUUUUUU